CCCAUCGUGUAUAUGUAUAUAGUUGCUUAUAGUCAAACCAACCGCGAUAUCUGCGACAGUCGCUUGAAGUGCGCUAGCUCUCGCGUAGCCAAGUGCCAACUCCUUGCAUUGGGUGUUUAUGACUGACGGAGCGAUGCAGGAAGGUAAUGCCCUGGAUUAACGCCCCGGAUCUGUUAUCUAGUGAACCUGAAAGCGCAAAUGGUGCAGUCGCUGCUCACCUCGCUUGCAACGCUAUUCGGAUCGCCGCUGCUCUCGGACUGCCAAGUAGUGUUCUAUAACGCAGAAAAUGUUAGCAAUAGCAGAGAUGCGUGCGGUGCCGCGGAGUCCGGGCCCGAGGUUUUGCAGAUGCUUCCGGCGCACCUCCUCGCUCUGUGGUCCGGCUCGGCCCUGUUCAGAGCCCAGGCAGAGCGCUGGCCGGUUCAGAAAGCUGUGCAUGUUGAGCCGGUGCCUGCUGGCGGCGGCACUGAAGCUGCCACUUCCGCUGCUGCCGAGACUUCGGGCCCUGCGCCGGCAACACAGCCCCAGCCCCAGCCACCGCCCCAGCCGAAGGCACAGCUUCGUGCGGUGCUUGACACGCCUUCGGACCUGCCGUACGCGCUCGCCGCGCUGCGCUACCUGUACACCUUCGGCCUAGGCCACGUGACUGGCGGCGCCGCAGAGCUGCUGCACGUGCGGCGCCUGGCGGGCUACCUACAGAUCCCGGAGUGCGUGGCGGCGUGCGAGGAGGCGUUGGUGGCGCUGGUGGCGCCGCCGGCGCUGCCGGCCACGGGCAACAAGAGCACGGCAGGGGCUGCGGCGUCGGCUGCAACGGUGGUGGGACCUAUAGCCGGGCCAAGGGCAGCGGCGGCUGCCGCCGGGGCAGGAGCGGGGGCGCGUGCAGCAGGAGCGGCCGCGAGGCCAUCGGGAUCUGGACAAGGGGACGCCGCCGCCGCCGCCGGGGCGGUGUGCGGCCUGUUGCCGCCAGCAGCAGCGCUGCCGUCAGCUGUGGUGGAUGUUUACCUGGCGGCACGAGCGCUGCUGGAGCAGCCAGGCGACGACGACGAGGGAGAGGAGGGAGAGGAGGAGGAGCUGCUGGUGGAGGAGCCUUCAGACGCAGACAGCGAACCGGACAUGUCAGACAAGGAGGAGGGGCAGGAGGAGGGGCAGGAGGAGGACUGGGAGGAGCUGGAGCGCGUAAUCGUCCCGGCUGUGGCGGGCUGGGUCGGGUACGGCGGCAAUCCUGGCGACGCAGAGGGCGGUUCCGCAGGUCUGGCAGCCUCAGCGGCGCUGCUGGCGCGGCUGCGGCUUGCGUGCCUCAAGCAGCUUGUGUCCUGGGCCGCUGCCAAUGAGCAGGCGUUACAAGUGUCUAACGCUGCGGAGGGGCAGCGGUGGCUAGCGGAGCAAGUGGCGUUGCGGCGGGCGCGGAGGGAGGAGCGGACAAGAGCAGAGUGGGCCGAGGAGGGGCAGGUGGCCAAGGCGGGAGAAGAGGAGCCGGCGGCUGCGGAUGAAGGGCAGGUGCCGCUGCCGGAUGCGCGGGGCGAGGGCACUGCAGGCGGCGUAGGGGCCGCUGCGGCGGCUGAGGCCGCGGCAGCUGUGCAUACAAGCCGCAGCAAUGGUUCGGAGGCGCUGAAUGCAAGAGCGGCGGCAGUGGCGCAGGGUGCCCAGCCGCCGCAGCCGCCGCAGCCGCCGCAGCCGCCGCAGCCGCACCCAUCGCUCCCAUCCUUCGGCGCGCUGCUGGCGUGGGCAGUGCGCAGCGCGCCACACGCCCUGUCAGAUGACGGCGUGUGGAAAGAGCUGGCAAGCCUCAAUGCCGCCGGCCUGGAGGCUCUGCUGGCGGCAGAGAGCUUCGCCACAGACGAUGAGGCGAGCGUGUUGCUCCUGCUGGCGAAGUGGGUGGCCGUGGCACCGGGCCGGAAGACGGACAAGGAAGCACUGCAGCGGCUCUUCAUGCUGGUUCGGCUGUGCCACAUGAACGAUGUGUACCGCACCGUCGUUGUGCUGCCGCUCGCGGCUGAAUGGCUGCCGGGCCUCGACCUGGCGACCGUGCGUGCGCCGCUCAAGCAGUGGUCUGGCGCAAACGCAAUGCGCCGGUUUCGGUUGCGGCAAGUCGCGCUGUUCAGCCCGGUGGCUAGGCGCUCGCGCUGGUUCGUCUCGCAGCCUCGCCCAGCGGCCCCGCUGCUCGACUUGGCCUGGAGCAUCCCCGGCGAGGUGCUAGACAGCAGCUGGGAGCCGGCGGACGGGUCGUUCGGAGCAGACAACGCUGAGGCCCUCUAUGCCAACGGCUUUCGCUGGACAGUCACGGUGCAGUCCAGCAACCUUCCGGAUCGUGGCGGCGUGUUUCUAAACGCUGCCGUGCCCUCUGCCGUCCGGGCGGGGGGCAGCCGCGGGGAGGAGACGGACGGCGCCCUCGUCAGCCUGGGGCAGGCUGCACUGCUGGUGUACGGCAGGGCUCGCAACGCGGAUGGCGCCGCCGCCGGCAAGGCGACAUACCAGGUCCCAUUUGGGCCGAACCGGGACUUGGUGGAGCUCAGCGGGGGCUACACGGCAAUUAUUCCGCUGGCGCCGCAGCCGCAGCAGUCCCAGCAGCAGAACACGCAGGCCACACCACAACCGGCGCAGCCAUCAUCACAGCAGUCAGCGGUGCAGGCGGCGGCGCAGCAGGACGCUCAACUGGAGCCGCCACGCGUCGAGAAGCCUUGGGGUAUGCACUUGCACGACGACGGUUACAUGCACGGGCGGCUCCGGGUGCGGUGCGUGCAGCGGCGGCUGUAGCGCGCCGGUGCGGCUUGGGCUGGUCUGGUCUGGUAUGCUAGGCUUUGAAAGCACCAAGGAUGGGAUAGUGCAAAGGCCGUACACACGUAGGUGUGUUGGGAAAGCACCAGGUGAAGGUGAAGGUGUGUGUGCAGGUGGCAGGCGUAGUGGGGCCGCCUGAACGCAGGUGGUCGCAAAGGGGCAGAGCAAGUACAGAGCUGUUUCAGGGGGCGCGUGCCGGGAUGCGUGCAACGGUAUGGCCCCAGUACUGUACUAGUAGUGUGUUGUGGACGCAGGAUGCAUACGUGUCGCAUGAGUAAUCAACCAGAGUCUUGGGGCCGGCGGGCGGCCAGAGCUGCUGUGUAUGAUCACUAUGAUGAGCGCAACUUGCAGCAGAUGCAGUUGUGGCAGAUGAGUGGAUUGUUGGGAUGAAACGCGAGAGUGACACCCGAAGGUAUUUCAGGCCCUUCAUGUGGUAAUGCAGUAGAUGCUGAGGUGCUGACUGCUGAGCCGGGGCUCGCAGGCACGGUCCGUACGCGUGCACGGUUCGAUGUGAACAAGUGACUAGUGCGCCCAUAUGAUCCAAGACCGAACGUAACGAGGAAGUGCACAACAACCUGCUAUCGACGAUGCUUUAAGACUAACAAUGCGACUAACAACAUAGGGGGCGGGGUUCACGUUCGCAUCUUACUUGAAAGCCUUCAAGUUCCAAACAGUGGCAGUUAUUAUCACAGGCGGCAGCGGGGGGGGGGAGCGGGGUCCGGAACUUGGGACGCCGUGUCUGCCUACUUCCCAAUCCAGCUGAACCCUAGCACAACAACACGCGUGACCGCGACUUGCUACCCCUUUCCUGGAACGGGGCUUUGCGGGCCUGCGCAAAAACAAAAAGCGCAACAGACAGGUCCCUGGUGUGCCUACCCCCAGUCCCUCUUGUAACCAAUGCAAUCU